CCAGGUUGUUUACAAUCGGCGCGUUUAGAUGUUACACCCCAGACGCUUCCCCUGAAACAAGCGAACUCAUUCAAGGGUCUUUUGCUGGAGGUGCUGUGUAAAAAGGUUAAAGGAUGUUUUUGACAAGAUCAGAAUAUGACAGAGGUGUGAACACAUUUUCUCCUGAAGGAAGAUUGUUCCAGGUCGAAUAUGCCAUAGAGGCUAUCAAGUUGGGCUCCACAGCCAUUGGUAUUCAGACAUCUGAGGGGGUUUGUUUGGCUGUUGAAAAGAGGAUCACCUCUCCACUGAUGGAGCCCAACAGCAUUGAAAAGAUUGUUGAGAUUGACAGUCACAUCGGUUGUGCCAUGAGUGGUUUGAUAGCUGAUGCCAAGACUCUUAUUGACAAGGCAAGAGUGGAAACACAGAAUCACUGGUUCACCUACAACGAGACCAUGACAGUGGAGAGUGUGACCCAGGCUGUAUCCAAUCUGGCACUGCAGUUUGGAGAGGAGGACGCUGACCCUGGUGCAAUGAGUCGACCAUUCGGCGUGGCACUCCUAUUUGGGGGAGUGGAUGAAAAAGGACCUCAGUUAUACCACAUGGACCCGUCAGGAACCUUUGUGCAGUGUGAUGCUCGGGCCAUCGGCUCAGCGUCUGAGGGAGCACAGAGCUCUCUGCAGGAAGUCUACCACAAGUCCAUGACAUUAAAAGAUGCCAUCAAGUCGUCUCUCACCAUUCUGAAGCAGGUGAUGGAGGAGAAGCUCAACGCCACCAACAUCGAGUUGGCGACAGUAGAGCCCGGUAAGACCUUCCACAUGUAUUCCAAAGAGGAGCUGGAGGAUGUAAUCAAAGACAUCUAGAGCAGAAAAGAUUUCAGAGUCUUCAGUCUGAGUUCUGGGCAGGAGAGAACGUGGCAGAUCACCUUGGCCGAAUGUCACAACACAACACAAAACUUUCCAUCAGCACAUUCUCCUUGCUGCAGUCCUAGAUUUUUGGAUUGCGUAAGAUAUCUCUUUUUAUUGUGCUAAUUUACUUCUUGUCUCUCAGUAUGUGCACUACUUUGUGCAGGAGUCUGACCAGCACUUACAACUGAGAGACAGGAAAUCAGGAGGGGGGGUGGGUAUUUUUUGUUACGAAUCAGUACAAUUAAACUGUU